GCGGCGCUAUGACCCUGCUACCGCCUGCCUCCUCAGCUCCACUGCUCCAAGUCUGCUAUCUGCAAGGCUGAAGGAGCGCAGGGAAGGAAGUCAUCUAAGCGCUGUAGUCCAGUUUGUUGCUGUUGCAGGAAUCAGGAUAUCCUUCCAGCUCCUCACAUAAAUUCCAGGGAUUUUUUUGGGAGGUUGUACCUCCUCCUCCCCCUGAAAGUAAUCUCUCUGCUUGUCUCGCUGCCUCCGCCGGGAUCAGUUUGACUGUUUCUUCACGAAUUCUUUCAAAAGUGUGUUUCGGCCGCUGGAAAACGGGAUUUGACCACUGUGAUGAAUAUUUCUGCAUUUUGGCACACAUUUGUUCUUCUUAUCGUUUCCUCUGGAUCGAAGAGUACUGGACCUAUGGUGUAGCCUACUUACAGGGACGACUUCGUUUCGAAAAAGUUUUACGAAUUAAUUUUUCCUUAUACACAGUCCGGAUUGGUCCUGGAGGCGCCGAUCCUGCGUGCUGAGUGAGGAGGGAGUGGGUUCAUAACGGAUUCAUACUUUGGAUUUACGCACAGGAACCUUUCCCCCAAACAUUGUCAGUCGACAUCAUGUGUCUCUGAUUUAUUCUCCGAGCUCAACUGUGGAUUUAACCGGUGUAUGAUUUGGGUUGACUGUUGUCUCCACCAAAACUGCCGCAAAGCUGAGACUCGCACAUCACCAUGUAUCGCUUCUUGGAGAAAAUCUGCUGCAAAAUUGAGGGAAGUCGAGAGGCAGCAUGACUUGCGCUCUGGAUUUCUUUGAAUCUACAUUCCAUUCUCAUAUAAUUUCUUAAUGCUGUUCAAUUUUGGUUUACAAAUAUGAUGAAAUGGCAGCCCCGGAAGAAGGCAUACUUCCGACAGGGUGUUGCCCUUCAGUACCUUGGUCGCCAUGCCGACGCACUUGCCGCCUUCGCCUCUGGACUGGCCCAAGACCCCAAGAGCCUGCAGCUACUGGUGGGCAUGGUAGAAGCCGCCAUGAAAUCCCCAUUACGAGAGUCUCUCGAGCCCACCUAUCAGCAGCUACAAAAGAUGAAGCUGGACAAAAGUCCCUUUGUGGUGGUGUCUGUGAUUGGCCAGGAGCUGCUGACAGCAAGCCACCACACAGCCUCUGUUGUGGUGCUGGAAGCCGCUUUGAAGAUCGGCACAUGCAGCCUCAAGCUACGCGGCUCCGUCUUCUCGGCCCUCAGCAGCGCCCACUGGUCCCUGGGCAACACCGAGAAGAGCACAGGCUACAUGCAGCAGGACUUGGAGGUGGCCAAGACCUUAGGUGACCAAACAGGGGAAUGCCGGGCUCAUGGGAAUCUGGGAUCGGCAUUCUUCUCCAAGGGAAACUACCGCGAAGCACUGACCAACCAUCGCAACCAGCUGGUUCUGGCCAUGAAGCUAAAAGACAGAGAGGCUGCUUCAAUGGCGCUGAGCAGCUUGGGUCAUGUAUAUACAGCCAUAGGGGACUAUCCAAACGCCCUAGCCAGCCACAAGCAGUGUGUCCUGCUGGCCAAGCAGUCCAAGGAUCAGCUGUCUGAGGCUCGCGAGCUGGGAAACAUGGGGGCCGUCUACAUUGCCAUGGGAGACUUUGACAAUGCUGUCCAGUGCCAUGAGCAGCACCUGGGCAUUGCCAAGGCCCUAGAAAAUAAACGAGAGGAAGCUCGGGCCUAUAGUAACCUGGGCAGUGCCUACCACUACCACCGUAACUUUGACAAGGCCAUGUCCUAUCAUACUCACGUUCUGGAGCUCGCCCAGGAGCUGGAGGAAAAGUCCAUUGAGAUGAGAGCCUACGCAGGAUUGGGUCAUGCUGCUCGCUGCAUGCAGGACUUGGAGAGGGCCAAGCAGUACCAUGAACAGCAGUUGUCUAUAGCUGAGGGUUUGAAGGACAGGGCCGCAGAGGGAAGGGCCUCCUCCAAUCUGGGCAUCAUCCACCAGAUGAAGGGGGACUAUGAGACUGCACUGAAACUCCACAAAACACACCUGGCCAUUGCUCAGGAGUUGAAUGACUAUGCUGCUCAGGGCCGGGCCUAUGGUAACAUGGGUAACGCCUACAAUGCCCUGGGAGCCUUUGACCAGGCUGUUCGCUACCACCGCCAGGAGCUGCAGAUCUCCAUGGAGGUCAAUGACCGGGCCUCGCAGGCCUCCACCCAUGGAAACCUGGCUGUGGCUUACCAAGCCCUGGGAGCCCAUGACCGCGCUCUGCAACAUUACCAGAACCACCUCAAUAUUGCUCGUGAGCUCAGAGAUGUCCAGAGUGAGGCGCGGGCUCUGGGCAACCUCGGCAACUUCCACUGCUCUCGAGGAGAGUUUCCUCAGGCCGUGCCCUACUAUGAGCAGUACCUCCGCCUAUCCCCUGACCUCCAAGACAUGGAGAGCGAAGGGAAAGUUUGUCACAAUCUAGGUUAUGCCCACUACUGUCUGGGCAACUACCAGGAUGCCGUCAAAUACUAUGAGCAGGACCUAGCUCUGGCCAAGGAUCUUCAUGACAAACUGAGUCAGGCCAAGGCUUACUGUAACCUCGGUUUGGCAUUCAAAGCCCUGGGAGACUUCACUAAGGCAGAGGAGUGUCAGAAAUACCUGCUGUCACUGGCCCAAUCCCUGAACAAUGCACAGGCUCGCUUCAGAGCUCUGGGGAACCUCGGGGACAUAUUUGUCUGUAAAAAAGAUGUGGCUGGAGCCAUUCAGUUUUACGAGCAGCAACUGGCCUUAGCUCACCAGAUUAAGGAGCGUAGGAUGGAGGCCUGUGCCUAUGCCGCCCUCGGGGCAACCUACAGACUUGUGCAGAAAUAUGACAAAGCUCUGGGCUACCACACCCAGGAGCUGGAGGUGUAUCAAGAGCUGGGCGACGUGCCAGGAGAGUGCAAAGCCCAUGGUCACCUGGCAGCUGUCUACAUGGCCCUGGGGAAGUACGCCAUGGCCUUCAAGAGCUACGAAGAGCAGUUGGAGCUAGGUCGGAGGCUGAAGGAUCCUGUCGUGGAGGCUCAGGUGUACGGAAAUAUGGGCAUCACUAAAAUGAAUGUAGGUGUGAUGGAGGAAGCUAUUGGCUACCUGGAGCAACAGCUAGCCACUUUACAGCAGCUGAGUGGCAACGAGGCAGUAAUGGACAGGGGUAGGGCCUAUGGAAACCUGGGAGACUGUUAUGAGGCUCUGGGAGACUUUGAGGAAGCCAUCAAGUACUAUGACCAGUAUCUGUCAGUGGCCCAGAGCCUCAACCGCAUGCAGGACCAGGAGAAGGCCUACAGAGGCUUAGGCAAUGGACACAGGGCUAUGGGAAACCUACAGCAGUCGCUGGUGUGUUUUGAGAAGCGGUUAGUAGUGGCUCAUGAGCUGGGGGAGUGUGGAGGGAAGGCUCAGGCCUACGGUGAACUGGGUGCACUGCACAGUCAGCUGGGCAAUUACGAGCAGGCUAUCUCUUGUCUGGAGCGUCAGCUGGCCAUUGCCCGUGACACCCAGGACAGACUACUGGAGGGUGAUGCAAGCUGCGGUUUGGGUGCUGUAUAUCAAGCUAUGGGAGAGUAUGAGACAGCCCUGCGAUGCCACCAAAGUGACCUGGAGAGUGCAGAGGAAGCGGGCAGCCCCACACGCCAGGCCCGCGCCUACGGGAACUUAGGCCUUACCUACGAGUCACUUGGAAACUACGAGCGGGCAGUCGUGUUCCAGGAACAGCACCUAAGUGUGGCGGCUCAGACUAAUGACUUGGCUGCCAAGACACUGGCCUAUGGCAGCCUGGGGAGAACACACCACGCACUACAAAACUACUCACAGGCUGUCAUGUACCUGCAGGAAGGCCUGCGGCUUGCAGAGCAGCUGGCUCGACGUGAGGACGAGGCGAAGAUCCGCCAUCGUCUGGGGCUCUCUCUGUGGGCCAGUGGGAAUCUGGAGGAGGCCCAACAUCAGCUCUACCGAGCAUCUGCACUGUUUGAGACCAUCCGCCAUGAAGCCCAGCACAGCACAGACUAUAAACUCUCCCUGUUUGACCUGCAAACCUCUUGCUACCAGGCACUCCAAAGGGUCCUUGUCAGCCUAGGCCACCAUGAUGAGGCUCUGGCAGUGGCAGAGCGGGGUCGUACACGAGCCUUUGCUGACCUCUUGGUGGAGAGGCAGACAGGGCAGCAGGACUCAGACCCCUACACCCCAGUAACAGUGGAGCACAUCUUGGACACCGUCAACAGCCAGAGGGCUUUGGUGCUUUAUUUCUCCAUGGCUGCAGGUUACCUGUACAGCUGGCUGCUGGCACCAGGAGCAGGCAUCCUGAAGUUUCAUGAAGUGUACCUGGGUGAGGGCGUAUCAGAAGGAGGGUCAGAGUUCCAGGAGGGAGGCAACAGUGGGGUGGUCUGCGGCUCCUCAUUGGAGCAGCACAUUGCCAGUGCCCGUGAGGCUCUGGGAGUAGAGUCUUAUUACAGCAGAGGAUGUUCGAGCAGUGAGACAGAGAGCGAGGCAGGAGAUUUGUUGGACCAACAAUUUGAGGAGCUCAACAACAAGCUUAACUCAGUCACUGAUCCAACAGGCUUCCUGCGCAUGGUGUCCAGAAACAACCUGUUCAACAGGAGUUGCCAGAGUAUGACCAGCCUGUUCAGUAACACCAUGUCACCUGCCAAAGAUGGUAACUCUUCCCUGCCUCGUCGGUCCAGCAACCUCGGAAAGCCUCCACUCCGGGCACUUUAUGAUUUGCUCAUUGCACCUAUGGAGGGGGGCUUGAUGCACUCCAGUGGACCUGUUGGCAGACACAGACAACUGGUGAUGGUGCUGGAGGGAGAACUAUACCUCAUCCCCUUCGCCCUGCUGAAAGGAAGCUCUUCUAAUGAAUACCUAUAUGAGCGUUUCAGCCUUAUCGCUGUUCCAUCCAUCCAUGGCCUUGGAUCCAAUGCAAAGGCUCACUCCCGGCGCCCUGGACCAGCUCCAUGUGGUGGUGUCUCAAUGGCAGCAGUGGUGGGGAACCCUAGACUGCCCUCACCUGUGAUGGACCGCUGGCUGUGGGGACCCAUGCCCUCUGCAGAGGAGGAGGCUUUAAUGGUGGCUGAGCUGCUGGGCUGCCAACCCCUGGCUGGCUCUGCUGCCACCAAGGAAAGGGUGAUGAGUGCCCUCACACAGGCUGAGUGUGCCCACUUUGCCACCCACAUUUCCUGGAAACUGGCAGCUCUGGUGCUCACCCCAAACCCUGAGGGUGUGCCUGGUGGGGCAAGUGCCAGUGUGGGAGUGGGAACAGUGGGGAGAGGUGCAGGGGGGAGGAGAGGGAGCAGUGGUCGAGGCAGGAAGGGCUCCAUUGGAAGUGGCUACACCAUCCCAGAGUCUCUCCACAUGCAGGAUGACAGCAGUGACGUGGAGAGCAUCUGUGACAGUCCGCCUCUCCAGGAGUUCCUGCUCACAGCUGCAGAUAUAUUGGACCUGAGGUUGCCUGUCAAGCUGGUGGUUCUGGGGUCGUACCAGGAGUCCAGCAGCAAAGUGACAGCAGAUGGUGUCGUGGGAUUGACCAGGGCCUUCCUGGCUGCUGGGGCUCAGUGUGCUCUCGUGUCUUUGUGGCCUGUCCCUGUCGCAGCCUCCAAAGUUUUUGUCCAUGCCUUCUACACUGCCCUGCUUAAUGGAACCAAGGCUAGUGCAGCACUGGCAGACGCCAUGAAGACUGUCCAGAGCAGCAAGCAGUACUCGCACCCCUCCAACUGGGCAGGAUACAUGCUGAUUGGCAAUGAUGUCAAACUUAACAGCCCAUCUUCCCUCAUUGGCCAAGCUUUGGCAGAGAUUCUACAGUAUCCAGAUCGAGCGCGUGAUGCUCUGAGAGUUUUACUCCACCUGGUGGAAAAGUCUCUUCAGAGGAUACAGAAUGGCCAGCGUAACUCCAUGUAUACUUCCCAGCAAAGUGUGGAGAACAAGGUGGGGGGUGUCCCUGGUUGGCAGGCGCUGUUGACAGCUGUGGGCUUCCGUCUUGACUCUGCAGGCACCGGUAUCACUGCUGCCGUCUUCUUUCCAACUGCUGAUCCAGGAGACAGGCUCCAGCAGUGCAGCACCACUUUACAAUCACUACUGGGCCUGCCGCCGCCAGCUCUCCAGGCUUUGUGCAAACUCAUCACAGCUUCAGAGGCAGGAGAGCAGCUCAUCAACCGGGCUGUUAAAAAUAUGGUGGCAAUGCUCCACCAGGUGCUAGUCCAACUCCAGACAGGCGAGAAAGAACAGGAUUUCUCCCUCCUGCCCAUUCAGGUGUCCAUUAGUGUGCAGCUAUGGAGGCUGCCAGGAUGCCAUGAAUUUCUGGCUGCUCUUGGAUUUGACUUAUGUGAGGUCGGCCAAGAAGAAGUGGUGCUCAAGACAGGCAAGCUAGCCAACCGCCGCACCUUGCACUUUGCUCUCCAGUCUCUGCUGGCACUGUUUGACUCCACAGAACUGCCCAAGCGUCUGAGCCUGGACAGCUCAUCUUCCCUUGAGUCUCUAGCUUCAGCCCAGUCUGUGUCCAACCCCCUGCCCAUGGGAUACUCAACCCUUCCCUUCUCUCCCCCUUGCCUGGACAAUCAGGCAUCAGACGCCAUCUCUGUCUAUAGCCUCAGCUCUGUAGCCUCUUCCAUGAGCUUUGCUUCCAAGUCAGAGUGUGAUUAUCUUGGUCAUCGGCAACGCAGUGGGGCCACAGCACACUACUCUGUCCACAAACACCCUCAUGUUCCCCGUAGUCGCUCCUCUCCUCAUGGGGCAGCUGCUGCAGUGGCAGGAGCCCGAGGGGACGAGGAGGAAUAUGAGGGCUUUUCCAUUAUCAGCAGCGAGCCACUGGGAAGUCACUGCGACUCUCUGCCUCUGCCACCAGGCCACAGCCAGCGUCACCACCGUGGAGGCAGGGGAGUUGUUGGUGGGUCCAGCACAGGAGCAGGGAGAGGUUACACUGUAUCAGUAUCAUCAAGGGGCAGUGUCAGCACCCCCACAUCCCCUGUCAAAACAUGCCUGGUGCCCAGCCCAAACUCACCAUUCCAGAAGGUGGGUAAGGUGAGCAGCUCAGAUACAGGUGAAUCGGACCAGUCCAGUACCGAGACGGACAGUACUGUCAAGUCUCAGGAAGAAAAAACUGUCCCUCUGGAUCCUCAGGAGCUGGCCCAGAAGAUUCUGGAGGAGACUCAGAGCCAUCUACGAGCUGUGGGUAGUCUUCAGCGGGCUGGGGCUGACGGUGGAACAGCUGGAGGAACCUCAGCUCGGAGCAGCGCCUUCCGCUCUUCUGAGACUAGCGCAUUCAGCCGUCCUAACAGCAGUGCGAGUAGCCGAGCUCAGUCUUCCCCAAGACCCAAACCUCCCUCUCGUUCCUCUUCACUGCAGAAGAUAAGCUCUGGCUACAAUAGUCCUGCAGUCUCUGAGUCUUCCCAAAAGGAGGGCAGCCAUCCUUCGCCCACUCUGGACAGCCAUGCACAGUUCAAAUUAAAAUACCCAAGCUCCCCAUACAGCGGCCACAUCUCCCGUUCUCCAAGUAAUGUGUCUCCCAGUUCUGGUCAUCAGUCUCCGGCUGGUAGUGCUCCAUCCCCUGCCCUGUCCUACUCCUCUACAGGCUCUGCCUGCUCUACAUCGGCUGAUGCCCCAGACUUGGACCGUCUAAGAAGAGGGGUCAUUGAUGAAAAAGUCCAAGCUAUCCACAAUCUGAAGACCUUUUGGGCUAAUGCUGCAGCAGCCCAGCAACAGCAACAUCUAGGUCCUGUCAAAGCUGUCCACAGCGCUUCUGGGCCCCUUGCUUCUGCUAGUAGGGAUGUACUAAGCCUUCUGAACCUCUCCCCACGCCGUUGCUCCCCUAAUGAUACCCAAGACAGCCUGGAGCUGCGGGAGCUGGGGCUGCAGUCACUAGAUAGGGGCAGUAAGAACUCUUCCAAUGGACACCACUGCUCCAACCCCAGAAAAGUGGCCCCAUCACCUACUAUUUCCACAAGCAGUAGCCCUGGUGCUCGUUCUAUCCGACUACCUGCUGGCAAUGGAUACAAGUUCCUGUCGCCUGGAAGAUUUUUCCCUUCCUCUAAAUGCUGAGACAUUUAAAACGGUCCUAUACUUUAAUCUAUCAUUUACUAUCCUAUGUGCUGGAGGAGAAGGGCACUUUUUGAGGACCACUGUUGGUCCACCAAGCUUGACUGAAGGAUUUGAAUGGUCAGUGAGUGUGAUCCUGCAGAGGCAUAUGAAUGCUUUAGAGAGUGUCUUGUCUUUGUGCCCAUAACACUGUAAAUGGCAAAGAGAAAUACUCAGUGACCUGAUACUGUGUUUGUGUGUAACUGUGUGUCAGGUAGAUGUAAAUGCCAUUUGGUAUUUUUCCCCCAAAACUUUGCUGUUUGUGUGGGCCAAGAUGCAACAGCUAUGACUGAUUUAAUCCAUUCUAUUUUUUGUUUUUAAAUUUAAUGGUUAUUGUUAUUAUUGUUUGUUAUUGUUAUUAAUAUUAUAAUAAUUAUUAUUAUGUUUUGUAAAUUAAUUCCAGUGUUUUACAAUCAGUAUUAAGCGUUUUUAUAUUAUUAAAAAAGUGAACAAACCUGUACCAUGUAAAGAUGGAUAGAGUUGGAAAAAAAGAUUUAAUAUUUUUUAUUGAAAUCAAAAGGGCACUUUGCCUGAUUUCUUUGUGAAUUGAGUGUCUGCUCUGAAGCAUGGAUUCUCUUGCUAUUCAAUGUUAAGUACCAUGUAUGACUUUUUAGCCCAUGAUUUUUUGAGAUUAAACAUGAAAGUUUCAUGACAACCAUCUGUCAUUUAUCAGUAAAUUGUUUCAAUAAAAACAUCAUGUUUG